CGGGCGGCGAUGGCAGCGGGACGCGGCGGGUGCCGGCCGGGGGCAGUGGUCGCGCUCCUCUUGCUCUCUGUGCUGACGCCGGCGAGCGCCGCCUCAGCUGCCGCUCUGCCUGUAGUCAUCAACACCUGGGCAUUUAGGACGGCCGCAGAGACAGCUUGGAGAGUAUUAGAGUCGGGAGGUUCAGAGCUGGAUGCGGUCGAGAGAGGCUGUGGGCAGUGUGAGAUCGAUCAGUGUGAUGGGAGCGUGGGAUAUGGAGGAAGCCCAGAUGAAAGUGGAGAAACAACUCUGGAUGCAAUGAUUAUGGAUGGCAACACUAUGGAAGUGGGGGCUGUUGCGGACCUCAGGCAUGUGAAAAAUGCAAUUGGUGUAGCACGAAAGGUCAUUGAAUACACUAAGCAUACAUUACUAGUGGGAGAGUCAGCCUCCCUGUUUGCUGUAAGAAUGGGGUUUCCAUAUGAAGAUCUAACUACUCAGAAAUCCCUUUCGCUGUAUUCAGAGUGGCUUAAUCAAAGCUGUCAGCCAAACUACUGGAAGAAUGUGGUGCCAGACUCUUCAACAUCCUGUGGACCAUAUAAACGGCGUGAAGAAGUAACUUACAAAAAACAGACCAGCUCAGAAAGAAACAUUCAUAACCAUGAUACUAUAGGUAUGGUUGUAAUUGGUGUGAGUGGAACCGUUGCUUCUGGGACAUCUACUAAUGGUGCAAUCCACAAACUUCCAGGCCGUGUUGGAGAUUCUCCGAUAGCUGGAGCGGGAUCCUAUGCAGAUAGUACAGCCGGAGGAGCUGCAGCCACUGGGGAUGGUGACAUCAUGAUGCGCUUCUUACCCAGUUAUCAAGCUGUGGAAUAUAUGAGGAUGGGAACAGACCCAACUGUAGCCUGUCAGAAAGUUAUUUCCAGAAUCCAGAAGUAUGCUCCGAAGUUCUUUGGUGCUAUCAUUUGUGCAAAUACAACUGGAAGUUACGGUGCUGCAUGUAAUAAAAUUCCAGGGUUCACUCAGUUUCACUUCAUGGUUUCAAGCCCUUUGCUAAGUCGACCAACUGAGCAAGUAGUAGACUGCAUUUAAUUACUUUUGUCCUAUUAGCAUCUCAACUUAGAAGAGGACAGUGCCAAAUCCCACCAGUUAUUACUUCUUAAAAUGGUUGUUUCUAGCAUUUAAUGGCUAUUAUGGUCUGCUUGUUUUCCUAAGAAGUGAGUAGCCAGAAGUGAUGAAUAGUAACCAAUUGAACAGGCCCAUUGCCUUGCCAUUUAAAAAUACAUUUGUCAGACAUCUGGAAUAACAGACUGGAAAUGGAACUAUACAUAUAAAACUUACAUUGAGAAUAUUUAAUUGUCUUUCUACGAUUUAGUCCAGGUUUUCUUUUCUGUUGAAAAUUGCAUGAAAAUGCUGACAUGCAAGGAAGGGGACUUGAGGAGUAGUGGAGACUAUUUCAAAGCUUUAAUGAGGAGAUAAGAACGCCUUAUGGACCAUUCUAACUUGUUCCACAACAGCUGAGAGUACAUUUGAAAAGAGAGUACAUGCAAGCAUCCCUGCUAGUAGAAACCAUCAAGAAGUUUUGAUUGACUGGAUGUGAAGACAAUUGGAAAUCAUCCUGUCACCUGUUUUUUGUAGUGAGAGUUAAGUUAUGAACCAUAAUCACAGUGAUUUCCUUGUCAGUAAUAUGCUGUGCACUCACCCUGUCCUACAGCACAUUAACCUCUGCAAAGGAGCAGUUGAAUGCCUCGAGUGUGCCAGUUACCUACAGCUUUGGGUUUUGUCACUUUCUGUGUCCAGAGACACUAGGAUUCAUUUGUAAUAGAACUUUAGCAUCAUGAGGAUUAUUCCACGGGUAUUUGAAGAUCUGUUUGGUCAUUCUCUUAAACAGGUGGCUUGCUGAUCAUUUGAUGGAAUCUUUGCUAAACUUGAGGAAAUGGCAGAAGAGGGGAGCAAGUAAAAAGAGUGUGUCUUGUCAUUUUAAUUAUUCUCUGUCUACUUAAAUAAAUGAAUUGGGUAAUAAAAGCACACCUUCAUGUAUUAGGAAAGUUGUUUAGAUGCUUGUGUACUGUGCCUUAGAUUGAUUGUUGCUUUCUGUUUUAAGUUGGUAUCUUUAAAAGCUGGAAAUAAACCAUUCAAACUAGAAUGGCUAUCUUCAAUGGCCUGCUAUUGAACUUCAUCAACAAAAUGAUUUACAGACUUCUGUCACUGGAUCCUCAGAGCAUGUUGUAGCAGUAUUCACUGCAGGCCACAAAGCUUUUGUCAGAGAAACUCCUACUGAAUACAUCUGUAAUGGCUUAAGAUAAGUUUUCUACUUGUGCUACCUACAGUCCUUCUGCCAUGGCUGCUCUGUCUUCAGAUAAUUUGAGCAGUCAAGUGCAAAUAGAUUAAUAAAAUCCUAGUGAUUGCUACUUUGAAGAUUGCAUUGUAGAUUAUGAAUGUAGAAGGUUCAGUACUGGGAGCUGAGUGGUAAUAUCUCAAAUUGCUGCACUGAAUCCUCCAGGAUCCAUUUCUGAAAGAGAUUUGGGAACAUCCAUAGCUUGCUUUCUAGAGGGCUUAUGUCGCACUGUACUAAAGGUUAUGAGUGCCCUAUAACAAUGUACCUUGAAGUCACUGUUACAGUGCUAACUUCUAUAUAGUCAGCUUAUCUGUGCUGCUUGACAGCAGCUGAACAUGAGCCAGCUGUGCCCAGGUGGCCAAGAAGGCAGUGGUAUCCUGAACUCUAUCAGAGGUAGUGUGGCCAGUGGGACCAGGGCAGGGACUGUAUCCCUAUACUCAACACUGGUGAAACUGCUGGUGAAGCUUUGAGUGCUGUGUCCAGUUCUGAGCCCCUCACAACACAAGGGACAUUGAGGGACUGGAGUGACUCCAGAGAAGGGUCUAGAGAGUAAAUUCUAGGAGCAGCUGAGGGAGUGGAGUUGUUCAGCCUGGAGAAAAGGAGGCUCAGGGGAGACCUUGUUGCUCUCUACAACAGCCUGAAGAGAGGAUGUAGCAAGGUGGGAGGCAGCCUCUUUACCCAGACUACCAGUGACAGGACAAGGGAAAAUGGUCUCAAGCUGUGCCAAGGGAAGUUCAGGUUGUAUAUUGGGAGGAGUUUCUUCACUGGAAGGGUAGUCAAGCAUAGGAAUGGGCUGCCCAGGGAGAUGUUGGAGUCACUGUCUCUGGAAUUAUUCCAUAAAAGACUGGACAUGGCUCUUUGUGUUACACUUUUGUUGGCAUGGUGAUGUCUGGUGAGAGGUUGGACUUGGUGAUCCUGGACAUCUUUUCCAACCUUGCUGAUUCUGUUAUUCUUUGAAAAUUACUUGUCUCCAUGAGACAUAGGCACUAAUCAUGAGGUUUGAUAAUGUGGUUUGCUUUGUGAUGAUGCAUUAGUUAUAAAUUAAAGGGUUAGUUUGUGUAAUUAUUUUGAUAUAGCAUUAAUUUGGCAAUAUAUUAAAUCAUAAUAUUAAGAAUGUACCAUUCUGGUGUUAGGGACAGAAUUCAGAAUUAGAAAAAUAACAUGCUUGAUAUUUUGUCUUAAAAUUUCUUUAAAAGUUAUUAAUGGUGUUCUUUUAUGCUUAGCAGACACACAAACUCUUUUAGGAAAGAUAAUUAUCAAGAACAAACUCCUGUCAAAAGUACACAAAAACGAUGACAAUUUCUGUUGGGGUUGCAAAAAAGUAUUUUACUGUUUUCGAUUUCAGUUUUUACUAUCCAGCUUUUACAACACAGAAUAUGAGGAUUUGUGAUUUUAGUGGUUCAAUUGAAUGCAUCUGUCUGUAAAGCUCUGUAGCUUUUUUAAGUUCAUUAGCUUCUUUAUAGACAUUUUUUUCUGUUUCCAAAGACAGAAAAAGAAUCUUUGCUCAAUGGUCGGACUAAAAGUGAACUAUGCUCUGUUUUUGCGUGGCAUCAAAUUGUUCCUUAAUAACACAAUCUGUGUGUGCCCUGGUAAUGUUUUGUAUGCACUUACUGACGAAAGUGCAUGAAACACGUGCUGAAACACGUUCUUUCAUUUGUAACUGCCUCAGUCAGGAAUAAUUCAGAGUUUUAGAGAAUUCGAGAUUGAUAUUUAGAUGGAAUCUACAAUACUGUCUAAAUUGCAGCAAAUUUAUCAGCAUUUGUUGUUUGAGUUUAGUUUAUCACAUGACUGUUGUAACUCAUGAACAGUGCUGUUCAUUCUUGUUUUGAAACAUGGAAUGUGUGCAGGAUUUCUGUGCUAUUAUCUGUAGUAUGUGUGCAUGAAGAAACAUCAUGUUAAAUUUACUCCAGCUCUAAUAUAGAGCAUGUAUGUUAUAUAUUAAGCACUGAAGUAGAAAUAUUUUCAUUGGAGGGUCCGUUCAUUCCUCUGCAUAAAUUCCAUUAAAUUUACAGCAAAAAACAAAAUGUUCAUGGAGCAGAAAUGACUGAAUCUUGAUUUUGUGACUAAUAUCGUUACUGUUUAAGCUGCUGAAUCAGAAGCAAACAUUUAUGUUUGUGCAUUUAACAACCUUAGCUGUGUUUUCAUUUCGUUUUUUCCCCUGACAGCUGGAAUCAACAUAAGUAAAUACAGCUGCUGGUGCAGUGCUCUCUUGGUGUGAUUAGCUCAUACCUUUACAGUGACAGAUGGUGGUCUGUGAAAUAAAAGGAAUAGCAACUUCAAAGAGUGCCAGUUCAGGGAAACCCUGCUACUGGUGACUUUUUUUCCUAAUAAGAUAGGGAAAAAGCUUUACAAGAAGUUUUGAUUGUACUUUUUCCUGGUAGAGCUUUACGAAAGCAAUUGUAUUGUAAAUGCCAGAAGGUUUUAUCAGUUAGAAAUGGUGAUUUUGGUGCUCUGCAUAGAAAUAAAACCUGUGUUAGAUGAACAGGAAGUUUUGUGUUUUCACCCUUUACAUACUUGCCAAACAGACUCUGAGAUACAUUUUCACCGUAAUUCUGUUCGAUGUUAUGAUUUUGAUUGGUGUUGUGAAAUUAUAUAGAAAGCAGUGGAUUUUGCCACUUGAGUGUAGUUGGAAAGUUGGGUUGCAUUUUAUAUUUCUAAUUUCUAAACAUUUAUCAUUUAAAGAUCUGGAGAAAUAAGAAAUUCAAUUUAGUGAGAAAUCCUGUGGCCUUGUUUUUUUUUGACUGUUCUUAUGUACAGAUAGGAAGACUCGAACAUACUAUUUUUCCAAUACAAGUAUAGAAAGAUUAUUAUAGACCUAACACUCCCAAAUAGGAGAAAGGCUUUUUCCCCUAUAAUGAGAAGAAUCCCAGUGGUGUUUUUUCUUGUUCUGCCAUUAAUGGUACUUUAUAUUUUCUUCAAAUCUGUAAUUUGUUCAUUUAUAAAUGUUUUCUUUAUGUUAGUUCUGCUUGCUUUGUUGUCAGCAGACCUAUCCUAACAGCUUUCUUGACACAUUCUGGCUGUACCCAUCCAGGUUCAAUUGUUGCUUAAUUUUCUUUUGGAAGUGUACUUCAUGCAUGAUGUAGACAAUAUUACAGUAUAAUUUUGUCACGUAGUAUUGGCAGGGAGGAUUCAGUUCUAUAUUAUAUGACCUUAUAAAGGUGACAUAAUUACUGAAGCAGUAGAUUACUUCUAGUAAUCUACUAGAAGUAGAUACUAGUAGUAUGGCAGCAGUACUGGUUUAGAAUUAUGCUUAGUGAGAUCAUGAAUGCUUAUUGUUCACAAGUAGAUGCUUGAUAGCAAAUGUGAUUAUUUAAUAAAUACAGUGUGACAGGCUUUUUGAAAAUAAAAACAGUUACACUGCUAGCUUAAUGCUGCUUCUGGAUAGACAUUGUUACACAAAAAAAUCCAAGACAAAUUAUCAUGGAUCAUCUGUGAGAUUUGUGGUUGUGUAGGCAGGCUGAUCCAUAGAGAAGUACAAAGGAACUGCAACUUCCCAUAAAUUAAUAUUUUUAUCUGCAGCAUUUUUCCUGAGCAUUGGGUAGCAAUGUAGAACUGACAAUUUCCUACUUUCCUUGUGUAAUCAUUUCUUUAGCUGUGUGGGUUUUUUUCUGAAAGAUUUAAAGUAAUAGAUGUAGCAAAAUAUUAUAGUUUAAAAGGGUGGAUGUUAAAAGUGUUGUAUAAACAAGUUUAUUUCAUAUGCAGUCAAGUGUGUUGUGCUAAUCUGGUUGUUACUGAAGACUAAUUUGCUAGUUACAGAGUAGAAAAUAAAUUACAUUAGAGUAGCUGCAGUGUUAAUGAACUGUAGCUGUUGACAUUCCAUCUGUACCCAUUCUUACAAAUCUCCCAACAUGAAAAGUCCUGUGAUCUCGCUUCUCAACUAGAGUUAUGACAGUUUUUGUUAGUGCUUAGUGAAAGUGUUAGCCCCCAAAAUCUGUCUUUAGGGGUAACAUCACUUUGCCAUGUGAGUUUAAAGGUAUUACCAGCCUUUAACUGAUUUCUGCAGGGCUACUUCUCCCUGCCUGCUGUGUCUCUUUGUGGGAGGUUACUGUUCCUAUACUGGGACUGGCAGACUGGUGCAUGCUUUGUUCCAGAUCCAACAGUUUAGCCUCUGACCUCCCUCUGCACUUUGCACUGAGAAGAGCAGUUGCCUGCACCCCAUUCCAUGAACUCUUCUGUGGGCUUCAUAACUUCUGAUCCCAGAGCUGCAAGUAAAGGCUGCAGGGCUUGCUGGGGGAGCAUGCAUCAGGUAUGUAUAUCACACCAUCAUCAUUCAUGUAAGCAUUUGAGCUCCAGCAAUCAUAGUUACAGCAGUGCUAAUAAAAUCCACCAAAAGCAACUGUAUUGGACAAGGAACAAUUAAGUGUUAAUUAACAAUUAAUAAUGAAGGGCUGAUGACAAGGUUAUAUUUUGUCCAUCUCUCAAGGAUGAAUUCAGCUGAAAAAAGAUUUCGCUGCUCAAAAGGGGUGGUACUACCCACAUCCUGAAGUAUGUGUUCUCUCUUCAGUUAUGCAGUUGGUUCUGGUAAUUGUGCAGCUCCACAAACUGGAUCAGCUUGCUCCCUGGCUAAAUACAAGUAAUUUUUUUCAGAAUGUAUGCAAGCUGUUCUGUUUUACUUUAGGGCCACACAGUUGCUUACACGAACAAAAGGUAGAAUGCAGGAAUACGCAGUAGGGUACUGAGGAGCACGGGAAAUUAUCCAGCUAGUGACAGCACAUUCUUAGUUUGGCAAAAGAAAACUCUUCUAAAUUUUCCUGCAGGUUGAAGUGAGGUGCCUGUCUCUCUGCAGGUUUGAUGAUUCAACCCUCAGGCUAGAGGCCCAUCUACUGGUUUUCCCCCAAUAAAAUUCAGUAAAAGACAUGAAAAAUUCGGAUUGGCAUCCAGUGUUCUUUUAUUUUUUUUUUUUUUAUCAACAGGCUAUUGUCAUGUUUCCCUUAUUCUCUCUUCUGUCAUGUAAAUACUUAAUUAUCUACCAUAGGUUUCCAAUUUUUAGAUGGGAAAGUACAGACUCCCCAUAUAACUUUCGGAUCACCUUCUCUUUGUUAAAAUGUGAAUUUGAAUUUAUGCUGACUGAGGAGGCUUUACAACUUCAGAACAGCUGCUGCUACUACAAUGCUUUAUGAAAAUGUGAGCACUAUGAAUUCAGUCUCCUUGACUGGCUAUUUAAUUGAAAGUUUCUGUGAGAUGUGCUUUGUGUUAACACCGCUGUGUUUGGACAGACUAUAAGAUUGGAUUCUUGGGGGGUUCUGUCACAGGGACGUCUGGUUACUGAAUCACAAAGAGUUUUAGGAAAGAGACAAUCACCAGUAUGCUCAGUGAAGCUAAGAUAACAUCUCCAGGCACACUCCAUAGAGCCAUAACCCUGUAACUUAAUUUAAAAAAUCAAGACUCUUUCAGACUUGAGAAUAGAAGUUGAUCUUCCAUAAAGUUGUACUUUUAUAACAAUAAUGUAGUGCCUCAAUAUGAGAAAUGUAAGUGCUAAUGCCAGAUAAAUAUUCCAACUGUCAUUUAUAAUUAUCAUUUUUGCACUUUGGUCAGGCAGCUAUUCAUAAUACGCCUAUCAGUGUUGAACUUAACCAUUAUGUUCUGCUUUGUACCUAUGAUUUUUCCAGGUUUGGCAUUUGGGAAGAACUUCAAAUACUGGAAGUUGAGGCAAUGUAGUCAUCCAAUAGACUAUUUCAUGUAAGUGCCUCUAAAGUAUUUCUCACAGCAUAUAAAGUAUUUCUCACAGCAAAUAACAAAAUCCCUGGAUAAUACAGUACUACUGAAGCCUUUAGUCUCAGUAUUCAUUUAGAGUGCUCCAAAAAGGGAAAAUUUGCCUUUUCUUGAGAAAUUCCAGAAGAGACCUAGACACCAGAGUCCAACAUUUUAAGCUUUAUGAAGACCUCAGUACUUUGUAGCAGCUGCUGUUUUCUAUCUUUGUAAGUAUCCCACAUCUGUAUGUGAUUUUGUUAGUGAGGUUGCAUAAAACCAGUAACUCCCACUGCUAGUAAGAUACCAAGCCCUCAAGUUCAACCCCACGGCCUUAUUGGAUGGACCUGCUGGCACAUUGAGUGUUGCUCAGCAGGCAGGGUUUGGGCAUCUGUGGCUUGUUUGUUUUCUUCUAAUGACUGUGCUAUUAUGUGUGAAACAUGAAAAUUCCUGUUCAAAUAAUAACCUGCUGUCCUAGGGUAACUUUAUGAUGCCUGUAUCCCCAAUCGUCUGUUCUGUUUGUGCUGUAUAUUGAGUCCUGUGCCUUUAAGACUGGUUCUAAGAGCAAGGAGAAGCGCGGAGUUUGUUCUGAGAAAACUGCCCGACUCCUCCACAUUCUCCUGCGGACGGGGUGUUCGGCGGAGGCUUGGAGAGACUGCAGGACAGAGAUCUUUUUUUUGCUUUUAGUUAGUUUCAGCUAGCUAGGGCAGAGAAGUUCCCUGGACUGUUUUUUUUCCCUUUUUCUUGGAACUGUUUAAACCUGCUCUGGACUGAAAACCCAGGGGAGCACUGGGGGCUGCACCUGCGGCCCACCGGGGCCUGGACCUCGGCAUUUUCCAGCAGCGCCGGAGGGACUGGGACUGAGGAGAGACUGAGAGAGAGCUGAGCUCCACCCACGGCAAGGACUUUCUCAAUUUGCCAUCUCACUUCAGAAGGAGAGGUUUUAUUGUUUCAUACUAUUCAUUCUUUAUACUUGUAUGCACUUCAUUUGUUUAGUAAAAUAGUUUUU